AUUAAUUAUUAUGCUUUUACAUAUACGUUACGCAUGAAUCAAAAGUGGUUAGAUACUAUUUUAUAAAUUCUGAAAGCAACAACAAUCAAUUAGACAUUUUAUUGCCAUAAUAUUGUAGCUAUCACAAUAAUUUAAAACACCAUACUUUAAUUAAAUAUGCACUACAUGGUUAGACUGUCCACGUUUAUAAAAUAUAUAAAGUUCAAGUUAAUUUUCGUUAAUUUCUUUAUUAAUUUUUUUAUUUCGAUAUAAGAAAUGGUAGACAAAGGAGUUUUAAGACAGUUGACGGCCGUGAUAGCAGGAUCGAUGUCCAUAAUGAACGUGGGCAUCAUACUGGGCUGGACGUCACCGAUCAUGGAAGAACUGCUGGGACCAAACAGCCCGAUCCCAAUGACCGUGGACGAGAGCUCGUGGUUCGCGUCCGUGUACAACUGGGGACUGAUCCUUGGGUCGAUUCCUUGCGGCAUGAUAGCCGACCGGUGGGGUCGGAGGCCGGUGCUGCUGAUGAUCGGGCCGGUGGCGUUGGCCACUUGGAUGGCGCUCAUUUUCAUCGGAACGUUUCGGGGGCUGAUCGCGGUGCGGCUGAUGCAAGGGCUGCUGGCCGGCGGCGCGUACACCGUGGUGCCGUUGUACGUGGGCGAGAUCGCAGGGCCGAAGAUCCGCGGGGCGCUGGGCACCACGUUCCAAAUCAUGAUGUACGUUGGCAUACUGUUCGUGUACGUGGCCGGCAUGUACCUGGACUACGGGCAGCUGACGUACGCGGCGAUGGCGGGCCCGGUGCUGUUCUGCGCGUUCUUCCCUUUCGUACCGGAGUCGCCGCACUUCUAUGUGAUGAAGAACAGGUUGCGUGAGGCUAAGCGCACAAUGCUCUGGCUACGCGGCGACGACUCGUCCGGCGGCCACGCGGUGACCGACGACGAGAUGAACGCCGUGGUCGAGUGCAUCUGCGAAGAGAUGCGCGACGCGUCGUUCACCGACCUGUUCACCGAUCUGGUGAGCCUCAAGGCGCUGAUCGUCGUGCAGGGCCUGUCCGUGUUCCGGGUGAUGGCCGGCGUGCCCGCGCUCAUCGCGUACGCGUCCAUCACGUUCGCGGAGGUGCACGUGGACGAGACAGCCAACCGGUUGUCGCUGGUGUUCGCGUGUUGGCUGCUGUUCUCGUCGCUGCCGGCCGCCGCGCUGUCCGACCGGGCCGGCCGCCGGCCGCUGAUGAUCGCGUCGAGCGCGUCGUGCUUCGCGCUGAACGCGAUCAUAUGCGCGUACUUCUACGCGGACCGGCACACCGGGUACGACGUGACCACGUACGGAUGGCUGUGCGUGACGGCCACAAGCGGGCUGUGCGUCGCGUUCAACCUGGGCUUCGGAACGCUCUACUCGACCAUUAACUGCGAACUGUUCCCGUCCAACAGUCGGUCGCUAGCCAACGCGCUCAACACCAUCACGCUCACGUUCACGUCGUUCGUGGUCCUCAAGGCUUAUCCCGUGAUCGCCAUGGACGGCGGCAUGUACCGCAACUAUCUGAUAUCUUCGAUGUUCUGCCUGUUCUCGACAGUUUUCUGUUGGCUGUGGUUGCCCGAGACCAAAGGCCAAACGUUCGCCGCCAUACAGCAGCAACUCAGGGGUACUAACCGCGUGACGUGAACGAAACCAAUUGUUUCGCCGUUCGUAUCGAGUCGACCUGUACAUCAUUCGCUAUCGUAACUAGAGACCUAUAUAGACUAUAUCCGAUAAGAUCGGUUGGUUUUAUCUUAAGUACAAUAAGUUUAUAGUUAUCUCUGCUUAUUGUUACCGGAUGGAAUGGAGGAAUACCUUUUUUUAACAACGUAAAACUUAACUAUCUAUUGCUUAUUAUUUGUUAUUAAUCUGAGCGUUAAAAUACAUCGUACUAUUGAGUUAACCGUAAUUAGCGACAUAAUAAAAAUUGUAAUUAAUUUUUUUUUAUAUAAUAUGCAAAGUUAAUAACCUAAUAUUGUUAAAAUAUUAUAUGCAAGGCAGUGGCGGACGCAGGGAGGAGUUUUGGGGGUUCAAACCCCCCCCCCAAAUUGAAUGGAUGAUUAAUUUCAAACGUAGUUAUCCUACCUAAUGUACCUUA